CCGAGGAACGACAAGGACGCAGGCUAUAAAAUAUGAAGGCGGCUCAAGAGUUGGGAGGCGAGCAGUGACGGUGCAGCCAGGCGCACGGCGCAGACCCUGUUAGAAGCUCUGUCAUGUGUCAUCAGAGUCAGCGCUAAGAGGAGGGGGGCGAGUCAGUUUCCACACAUGUGGCGCGCGCAUGCACGCACGCACGCACACACGCACGCAGCCGGCAUGUCAACAAGCAUGCAGGCCAGGCGCCGCUGCGUCUACGCGGCCCGUCGUGUGUCGGUUAUCCGCCGGUGUCUGUCGUAGCAAGGGCUGAAUCACUGCCAGUGCCUUAUGUAACGCGCUCCAGCCCCUCCAGGCUGGAGGAGGUGGGAGGAGGGGGAGCAGAUCCAAAACACUGUGGAGGACUCAAGUCAGAGGGAAGGGGGAGUGAGGCGGGCUGACGUGAUCGGGGGGCUUCCUCUCGCCCCGCAUCUCUGUCAGCCUCAGACGAAGUCACAACUUUGGAGGAGCACUGGCAGAGCUGCGCAGUGGAAUCUGACUCACCAGCGUUUGUUUGCAGAAGGACUCAAGUGGAGGAGCGACUCGAAGCCCCUCAAGCUGGUGUUGGGUGGUGAGGGGUUCCGCAGCACGCGGCGAGCAGCCCCCGCGUCGGGGCGCGUACCGCUGUCACGUGACCGAGGAAGCACCGUUUGUGAGUUGUGUUGGCAGUUUAAGUCUGUCGACAGGAAGCAGCUGCUGCAACCAUCCGCUCACGGCUCCUUGUCAAUGUCUUGAUGACCGACGUCACUGCGGAGCAGCUCCCGGGGAAACACGAGUUGUCUGGGACCAUUAGCAUCUGCCGUCGGAGAAUAAUGUCUUUAUUUCAAUCCCCUGGCUUUACCCCGUUUGUCUCCGAUUUUGGACUCGUCUUGUUCCGUUCCUAUUCAUUUCAGGUCACUAGUCACUUUAUUUCUUGCAAGAAAUGCAGCAGACUUCAUGUAGAACAUUUCGUUCAACACAAACUCCGCAAGCAUCCUCACUCACAUGGUCUUCACGUUAUCAUGCGUGUUGACAUGAUUGACAGACAUGGAAUAAUACAGUAUAAAUGCAAAGACUUCAUAUUAUUGUACACUCUACGUCAGUGUUUUCUGGCCACGGCAGCCGUGGUUCACACCACCACAGGAACCUGGGCCACUUCAAGUCCUGUAGAAACUCCCUCUUCACUGGUGAAACACUGCAGCUCCUGUCUUUGUUUCCCGUGUGUCCAGAAAGAGGCGGCAAUACGGCUAAAUAGAUCAUGGUUCAUUGAUGUGUGGACUGACUUGAAAUCACUGUUUGGAUGGGAUCACUUCUCUUUUGAUGAUGUGACUGUAGUUUCCAGACAAAUCCUUGGCUUCUCUGCCUGAACUUGCUUCAUAACAACAAUGAUUCUUCCUCUCUUCACAUGUAUUUGGUGGUGCGUUUAGUUGUUCAGAGCCACCUUUUAAAGCCCAGAGCAGACGUUGACAGUCCAUGAGCAUCAAUACAGUUGAGUGGAAGUCAGACAGGUCAGGUUAGCCGUUAGCUCUGUUAGCUCUGCGCUGCAGACAGUCUUUGGCCUGGUGGCGGCUCCCUCCCUCCAUGGUUCUGUGGUGAAGGUGUGUGGUCCAGUUAGAGGCGCAUCAGCUUUAGAAACAGCUGGAAGUUGUUGAAGCAUGUGAGCGGCUUCUUGGCUGUGAGUGUGUGGGCAGAGGAGCGCGGCGCACCACAGCAGCGCUGCUUUGACUGAGGGAGGGAUCAGCAUCAGCAUCAACACACUCUACAGUAGAGUGGAGAGAAAGAAUGGCAGCCAGUCCAUGGGAUCAUCUCCUCACCUUGGUGGCUCCUCCACACCUUCUCACUGUCAUGAUUUCAUGGCGUCAUAUCGCCGCCUCUGUCUCCGGACACAUGAGGUGACGCUGGAUCAUUUUCCCGCGCCACACCUGACACGCUCUCACCUGGGUCACGAGUCAGUGUCGGCUCAGUCUGUGAAGUCAGUUGCCUGCAGGGAUUUUUAAUAUCCAGCAGGUGUCAGUGUUCAGUGUCAACACAGUGUGUCAUUGAGUUGAAAGGCUUUAUGACACCAGUGUUGGGCGCUCUGCACUCACUGUUCCUGGUGAUUGUGCUGGCACCGGAGCCAUACCUGCUGCCGUCACAGUCUCCAGGCUCCAUGUGAAAGAGACCGUGAGCCUCUGUGCUGGGCCUGGUUCCUGCAGUCGGAGGUCCCUCCUGCUCUGCAGCGCCGUGCUGAUGCGGCUCAGACGUGCAGGCUGGUUCGUGUGCGGAUUGACCUUUGAAUUGCAAAGUGAACUGUGAAGCAAAGCACAUGACCGAGUCAGAAAGCUGCCUGGGAAGAUCACUGGAACAGCCAGAACACUCUCCCAAAUAUUCUGCUUUUCUCUCGACCCACUGAUCGGCCGCGUUAUUUCCAGUUGACAAACUGCUGCUUUGGGGGGGGCGUCUGCUUCCCCUGGCCUCCUGUUUGAUCAGGAGCGCUGGCAUUUAGAAAGCUUUUUAAAGUGGAACUGUCUGCAGCUGAGUAGCAGGCUGUGCUCAGCAGAUGGUCUGUGAGGAGUCACACUCACUCUGGUGCAGCACAUCAGGUCAGAUUUACACAGUGCAGCUGAUGCAGAGCAACUUGGCGGAGGGCUGCACUCACUGAGUGUUUGUUGGUUACAGAACCCUGAGCUGAAGGGACCUAAAUGCAUGUAGUGGCCAGAGAUGCAGACAAGUGAGCAACCUUCCCCUGAGCUGCGCGCAGCUGAUACGCUCUCAGCACAGAAACAUCAACGCUGCGCAACACAAGUCCACCCUGAAGUGAAUCUGAAUGGCCACAGCUCCCAGACUCUGGAGCUUCUGGCCGUCCAGACAUGAAGCCUGGUGACAUCAGAGCAGUCAGAUGAAGCGCUCACUGCUGCUCCACCGCCUGUUUCCUCCCUGUCCUCCGCUGCAGCGUGCGCCCAGUGACGGCGCUACAUCCACAGCGUGGAAGGAAGAGCAACUAGAAGAGCUGCCAUCUGAAGGGAACUAUUGGAGCUGGCUGAUGUUGAGGAGCUGCUUUCUCUUCAGAUGUGGGGGGGCGGAGUCACGCAGAGGAGAGAGGACACAGAGAGGAGACGCUAGUCAGCUGAGGAGAUGAAGUGUGGAGUCAGUGGAGAAGAAACCUGUUCCUUCUCCACUGGAGCUCACUGUUCCAUGAGGAGCGCUCGCUCACAGAAGACAAAAGUCACUCUCACCACAGACGGGUUCAGGAGCCUCAUCCAUCCGUGUGAGACAGGAGCCAUGUUUGUCUAAGUUGCUCCAAGUUCUCAGUGGUGUCAUGUGACUUCAGUGACUCGAGUCAGUCGACUUGUUGUGCUGGAAGAUUCUGGAUCUCUAUCUGACUUGAGGAUUCUGUCCAACACAAAGAGUCCAGUUCAAAGACCAUUUUUCUAGAUCUGUAUGUUUACACCUCACACACGUUCCGUUCCUCAAUGUGUGCAAAUUGUAAUAUUUUAAAAUAUAUUUGAUAUAUUUAACGCGGUUGUAAGCCAGUCCAGGUGUCACCACAGUGGUGAGGCUCAGAGAGCUGCUGUGUCUGCUCAGACACAUUAGAGGGAACACGGCAAGUGAGAGUAGAUUUGACCAUUCAUUCAUGAUAAAUCCAAACAAAAUGAAGACAGGAGAGGCGGAGGAACGGAGGGCGUGAUAGGAAAACAAACAGAAAGUGGAUGUUAGAGAGGAAUGAGACAGAAGGCUCAGCAGAAUACAACAGCCCUGCUGUGUUCUCCUCAUGUCUGAGCAGGUUCAUCAUGUCCUGCACAGAUGAAACGCUGCAAUAGUUUCACUCUCAUGACGAGUGCCCAACCAGAUGUGGAGCUCUGUGAGAGGCAGACGGCAGCUGAAGACGGGAGCAGGCUCCGAGCACUGAGCCCAUUCUAAAUGUGCGGUGGAUGGGGAUCGCCCGCGGCAACGUGCGUGCUGAACUGGAGCGGUCCUGACCUGGGCACUGAGAGGAUCGCCCCACGCUCCACACCCGUCUGUCGUUGGCCUUCAAGCCUCCAUGUGGCACGGGAGCCUCGCAGAACCUGACCAAUAACUAACAGGGAAAUGAGAUCGGCAAACCAGUCGGCAGUCGGCUCGCAGGAUGCAGGAAAUAUGCUGAAGAAAAAGUCCAAAGGUCCUAGUUUCAUUCCAAGAAGAGGCACGCGAGAGCUGCCCACAGUUGGGCUUCAGGUUUUGGAGCACACCAUCUGCUCUCACACCCGAGACCCACCUGAAGAGGGACUUCCAGAGAGACAGUCACCCACAACAGAGUGAGGUGAGAGCGAAAAUUGGAAAAACUGUACAUCAUGAAUUAGAUUCUCAAUAAAAGAAAUACAAUAAAUCCUUAUAAACAUAUUUUCUUUGUCAUAAAUAAACUCUAAAGAUGAUAUAAGUGAAGCAUGAAUGAACGUAUUGCCAUAAAAUGUCAUCCAUUUUCAAACCUGCUCCAACAGGUGAACAGUGUGUACUGUAGGGGGCGCCACCACUGUCUUCAUCAUUGUUUCUUUCCAAGAACUUCUCCAUAGUUGGUGACUAUCACAGAUGUGCAGCUGUCAAGUCACUUCACUGACUCACUGCUGCCACCAUACGUGGCUCAUGGGUUCAGACUCAGCCUCUCACGGCCCACAGGGCUGGAACAGGACACUUCUCGUGGCCCUCUAGGAGGCGCUGGCGGCCCUGAGGUGAAGAGCCACGGCUCUGGGUUCUGAGUCCAUUGAGAGAGACAGAUCAACGUUGGCGCUAAGUUUGGAUGAACAAUUGAAUGACUGAUGACACAAGCGACGGACAUGUGAGGUGGUUGUGAAAGCAGAGACCUGCGGUCUCUGUGGCAGCGACAGAACUGCUGGAGCUGUCUGCAGCAGGAAGCCUUUGUCAACACCAUCCUCACCCACCUGCCAAACGCAACUGAGAGCUGAUAGCGCUUGAGUGGAAUGAAAUGUAUUUGAUGCGUGCAGAACAGUUGCUGGCUUUAUGGGCCGCUCCUGCAGCGCUGCCAUCUGAAGGUGCUUCAGUCUAUCAUCCACACAAUCACUUUCCAUCUCCAUCACCACAGCCAGCCAGGUCCCACGGGGAGCAGCAGAGGAAGGGGGAAUUUGGCUGAUGAGGAGUGGGCUGCUGGGAAGCCAGCGGCUCAGCUGACUGGCAGCGUUCACCUCUCCACUGGCACCAGCGACUGGGCGGCUGACUUUCGCCAUGGCUUCUUCUUCUGCAUUGGACUGUGUUGCUGACUCCAGCACAAAGAGGAAAGUGCUGACACGUGCAACAACAGGAGGCUUGGAACCAGAGAUGGGCGAGAUCACAGUCUCCACCGUGACACUUCUGCCUCUCAGGAUAAACCCGCGGCUCACUGGCUGCACACGUAAAUAUGAGGAGAGGGUGACGGCGCCGCGCUCUCCAGCUCCGCGGCGUGUGACAGUUGUGGAGAGUGUGGUGGACUUUGCUUCACCAUGGUAGUUUGAACCUUUGAUCAUGACACUGGUGGACUCUGACUCUCUGGAUCCCUGUUUCUUUGAUGAGAUGGAGUGGUCCUCACAGGUUCUCUGAGGCGCUCCUCUGCCUUGGUUCACAUCAACACAUGCAGCUCUCCCGCUGCCAAGGUGACAACACUUGGAUAUUGGCGGCGGUGGCGUCCUCUUCCGCGUCCCCAUGAGGCUUCACACUCUCAGGUGUCGACCCAGUGGAGAAAGAGCUGAGCCAGAAGGCUGGUCCGUCGACUUUCCUGCCCAAGCAACAGCCACAAGGCGAGUCCUGGGGCGGCGGCUCGGUCAUGUCCUCUCACAGCCCACCUGACCUGCAGGAGGCGCUGUGUGAGCUCAGACCGGCAGAGGACAGGGACGGAUGAAAGAAAAGCUCAAGCUUAUCUGUGGUGUUGACGUGGAGUCAAAAAUCUGCUGACUCAUGGCAUGGCCUUGUCAGAAGUCUCCCCCAUCUCUGUUCACCAGGGACUUCAUUUCUCCAUCAUGAAGUGGAGCUGCUCCUCACCCUCUGCAUCCAACGCGUCUCCAAUGAGCAGCAUCUGCAGGUCCUCCUUGUUGCUCCACGGCGCCGUCACCUGUGUGGACAUUCAGCGAAUGAAUCCAGUCUCCUGCCGACAGACCUCCCUCACAUGCUCAUGGUUCCUCAGCAAAGACACCAGGGAGCGGAGGUGGAGCCUCUGCAUGGUAACAACAAUCAUCUGCAGCCACCAAACCUGUCGAGUGUCAAACCUAAACAGUCAAUGUUCCCGCACCCAAGAUGGUCUGCUCCACUGGGUUCCUGAGCCACGCUGGUCUGGAGCCACCACAAACCAAAGGGCUUUGCCUGGUGGAGAACCUUCACGUCUCUGGGUGAAGCUUCUCACAUGGUCAAGAUUCCUCAUCUCACUUUAAAUGUUGUGCAUCAGUGACAAAUGAGCCCCACCUGAACCCAGUGUUCACCUGACUGCUGUGUUAAACACCUUCCCAUCUCUGGGAUCCUGAGGACCAACUGAAAAUGGGCUUGGGUCCAGUCAGAGCCUGUUGAAAGUGGCUCAGCCCUGAGGAGCAGAGGUCACGGGAGCAGCCUGCUGCUGGGCAAGGUUGAGUCCAACAGCCGACGGGGGAAACACGUCCAGGAUGGAAGGAGGGACACAUGUCGACUGUAUCUCUCUGACCUGUUCUGAAGCCAGGCAGCACGGGCAGGUCUCCUGGAGGAUUUUAUGCUACAGCUUCCGCCUGUAUCUGCUCAGCUUCGUGUGGCAGGCAGAGUCUUUCUGGAGCAGGUAGCUGGUGCAGUGGAGUGAGCGCGAGGUGAAGCGUCCUGAUCACGGCUCCCGGAGCCACAGUGUUGAUGAGCAAAUCUGCCUGCAGAAACACAGAUAAAAUAGUGUUAACUUCCAGACUAUAAGUCGCUACCUUUUGUCUGAGCCCUGCAGCUUAUGCAACAAUGUGGCUAAUAUAUGGAGUUCUACUGGCUGAAAUCGGAUGAAAUCAGAGGCUUCUUAUUGACCCUCAAAGCCCUCAAAAGGCGACGUUUCCGCCCGCGUGUCCACAGCUCCGUCCACAGAGUGGAUCUCCUGGAGCUCUGGAACCCAGAAGCAGCCGCUGAGACCGGCAGUGGUGUCGGGACUUUGGGCACGUGGCUGAAAACAGCGCAUUUUGAGGGCUUUAAUGUGCAGCAAAGAUGGGAGACUCUGUCUCCAGACCAAGUGCGUUGGGCUCCAAAGUCUGAGACGUGAACACAAGCGCGUCGGGUUCUGUUCCUGUUCCUAUUUGGUUUUGAAUGUUUGUCUUUCAGUUACUUUGAUUUAGCUUUUGGAGUGGGUUGCCUUGUUUGGUGUGGAAUAUGUUUCAGUUUUGGAAAAAAAAAAGCUUGGUCUCAGUUUGAGUUCUUUGUUUUUGACAGUAAGAAAGUAAGGUUUUGUAUCUGUUUCUACCUUGGACGACCGGCCACAUGCCGUGGCUGCUGCACGACCCAUGUGUGGACAUGAUGACUGGCAGGCUCCAGUCUUUGGAAGGGGCCAUCGGCGAAGGGACCUGCUCUGGGUCUGGCUCGCCAGACGGGCAGAGAGCUGAUGUGGCAGCACCAGGCUGGCCUCUGAAUGCUUGAGUCCAGGUGUGUUUGUGAAGGGUGUUUGCAAGUGAGAGGCAGGAGGACGGGGUGUGUGGAUGAAGUUCGGCCGGCCGCCUUCCCUCCCGACACCUCAGAGCGAUCAACGUGAGCCUGGAUCGACCAGCGCGUCGGGGCGAAGUGACUCUGUCGUGCUCGUCCAAAUCCGUGCUGCGGCACCUGCUAUCGCCGGACCAGACGCACGUUGAGCCAGGAGUGUGAUUCGCUGCUGUGCGCGUCCUCAACUCAGAGGUCAGCAGCAGGUUCCUUACUCGGAAAGAUCCAGCGCUCGGUGUUUACACGCCGGACUCUCUCACUCUCUCUGACCUGAGCCUCCAGCCCUCCUCCGCACACUUGUCCGUUCAGCCGAGAUGCGAUUAGAAUUCUCUUUGUUCCCAAUGUGCAAAGUCAAAAGCGUCUUCUGAAGCUGGAUGAAGGAGGUGCCGUCCUGCACGAGGAGCCGCUGCGGGCGGAGGUCCUUUGCUGCCACCGCUCCAGAGGAGUGGAAGUGCCGGGGAGAGGGUCCACUUGUAUCAGCCAGGAAGCCUGGCGGACCUGUCUAGGCUGAAGGUUCAAGGUGUCUUUAUCAGGAAACCAACGCUGGCGGCCGUCAGUCGGCUGGGAUCCGGCUCACGCAGGCCAGGAAGGCCGCUGUGAGGGGCGCUGGGUGAGAUGUCCACCGCGACGUGGGAUCAGAGAGCAGCCAAGGUUUCUUUGAUACAGACUCAGGUGCAGCUCUCCUGGCGCCUGUGUGGAUGAGCUCUGGUUUCCUCCCACAGAGGAACCGAGUGGGCCGUGUAGACGCCAGUUGGACUGCUCACUCAAGUCCUGCUCCCACAGAGCAAAGUCUCAAACUCCUCCCCUCUUCAGAAGCCUCCUCUGGAGAAUCUGGGACCAAAAACCCUCCCCACCGUGGACGUGUCCACAGGGCCUGUCCAGGCAGCGUGCCGAUCCAACCUGGGGACCUGUCAACCUCGGUCCGUCUCAUCUGCCUGAUGGAUCUUCGUCUGAGUCCGCCCACGGCUCCCUCUGCUUCAGAAGCCUCUGGUGGUCCGGGCACAGAGGAGCUGCUCCCGACUGACGGUUCCCUGAGACUUUGUGGCACUGUUCGUGGUCCGCCCCACUCCUGGCUCCUGUUCUCUGCUGUAGCGCCGAUCCUCCGCCAUGUCGCCGCUGCAGCAGAAAGAGGCUGGUACGGACACAUCUUUCCCAGGUCUCUUCUAACAGUUAGCAAGCCGUCAGGGAGGGAGCAUUUUAGGAGGGGAACGGAUGAAAGACGGGGAAACCUCUGAGAGAAUGGAUUGUCAAGUCUGCCUGCAGGAAGGAGGUGGGCAGGACGCGGCGCUGUGACAGGGAGACGGCUUGACUUCCAUCAGACAAUUGCCAAGACAACAGAGGAGGAGGAGGAGGAUUAAGAAUUCUGAGGCGCGCUUCCUCCCUCCGCCCCUCAGGGAACAUGCCCUGCUGUGAUUCCACAUUCCAGCCGCUCGCUGCUGCUAGCAUUCAGCACAGGAGGCCAACGUGAUCCCGACAGAAGCAGCAGACCUCUUCCUCCUGGGAAAACACGAAGCGCAGACAGGAGAGCUUCUCCUCAAGCACCUGGAGGCGAGUGAAGGUUAACACCCGGUGAAAGAAGCUGCCGUGCUCCAGGCGGAAGUUUCACGGCAGGGAAAUUGCCAGUGUGUGGAUAUGAACUCACUGAUUUCAUCACCUUUUCUAAAACUACCACAGACGGCGUCACGCUCUGGCUGCUGCUUCUCAGGUGCCUGGGCUGUCGACUGGCCACUCUGGCUGCAUGCCGAUUCUGGCUGGAAACAGUGGAGCGUGAAAGGCAGCGCUUCAGAGCUGGAGAGGUGAACCAGAGGAACGCAAGCGUCGGACUCUGUCGUGGUGGAGGGAAUGAGUUUGACUGCGCCGUGUCCUGCCCCCAUAAUGCUCUGCAGCAGUCACAGUGUAGAGGAGGUCAGAGAAGAACCCGAAUCUUCUCCGAGGUCUUAAAUGCCGGGUCCAGUCGAGUCGCUGUGACUUGUGUCGGACUUGUUUGAGAGCAUAUGAGGACUGUUUGGAGGCGUAGCCCGGUGACCAGUGUGAGACUCGGAUCAGAGCCGUGUGGUGACUCAGCUGGAAGGAGUCCUCAGUGGAGGGAGAGCGUCAUUGAGUGAGUGUCAUUGUACUUCAGGAGCCGUUUCUUCUCGACUGAGCUGACUCACUUUCCUCACUCAGCAGGUAUUACGGACGGUGUUCUGCCGCUCGGCUGCUCUGAGCUUGAUGCCAGGCUGGCCUCACUGUGGCUCUGAGAAAACAGGGACGUGGGAGGUGAGGGUCGGGACCAGCACGUCCGAGAGCUUCUGCCUGCAGCAAGCCCCUCUCUCUGAAGCCGAACCUCUUCCUUUAUCCGUAGGGAAAUGGCUUUUGGUCACGAGCCCAACUCCUGCUCAAAGUAAAAGAGGAAGAUGAAGAAAGAGAGAGAGGAGGCAUUCUCAGCAUCUUCCUGUAGGGGGCGUCUCCUUCCCGUUGAGUUUGUGAUCUAGGGUCAGAUAUUGGUCGCCCUCCUCAGCGACGUGGCACCGUGGUCUUCCUCAUGUCCACCACCAGUUCUUUGGGCUCUGUCACGUUCAGCUGCAGAUGAUUCCGUUCACACCGUGUGACAACAUGGUCCACAGCUCUCAUCAGAGUCUUGUGAGAACCUCUCCAGGUGACAGGUCUUCGCCUGACCGUUCUGAUUCCUCAGUCUCGUGAGGAGUGGCUGUGUGCUUAUGCAACACAAAUGACAGCGUCUCAUUUCCCGCCCGUGUUUCCACGUGGCUGCGGCUCAUCUUCCCCGGCCACUUUGGCUCCGCGUCACUUCCUUUUGGAUCCACCCCCCGCCUCGUUACCCCUCCCCUCCAUGUAGAGAAAAAGACAAUGAGAAAAUAAAUGAGUGAAAACCAGAGAAAUCUGCCAGGCGCGUCCUCCCACGCGUGGAGUGGCUGCAAAGCUUCUCCCUGAAGACACGGCUGCCAAUAAACACACAGCGUUCUCCGCUUUGGAUGAUUCUUUCCCCCCAAAAACGUCCUUCAACAGUGGGAGGUCCUCGGAGAAACUUCAAACCCAACCGUCACGACCAGAGGAGCCUUCUGAGGGCUCCGUUCAAGACCAUGGACAAGAACCUGCCAGCCUCACCAGCAACCAACCAGCAAACUCCAAGAGUCGCUGAAGAGCCGUCCAAACGCUGAGGCAGUCGAAGCCUCCGACAGGCAGGUCAUGUGACGUCCGAGCGGUCAAAGAGACCUCUGUGUCCUCUGGCCAACAGGGACAACCCUCCCAGAACCGAAUGGGCUCAGCCUCGGCGUCCCAGCUCGGCUCAAGUCAGCACAUGAGCAGGUCCUCACCAGUGGGAUCACGUGGCAGACGACCCUCUCCUUCCUUCCUCUUUCUCUGCCACUGGUCUCUUGGGCUGGACUGGUGCGCUGGUUGGUGGAGCCUUGGAUGAACUGGAAAAGAAGAUGGCGGUAAAGGAUUCAGAGCUGUGGAGGGGCUGCAGGACUGUGGGUGCUCCUGGUGGAUCGAGCCGACUCAGCCCUUUUAUCCGGAGACUGAGGAGCGCGUGUGACCAUCAGCUGGAUAAGUCUCACGUACACUUUUGAAUGGUCAGCUGUUGCAGUGCAUGAUGGGACUGGCAGUGUGAGACCGGGGGUGAGACGGGUCUGCUGAGCCGACGAUGAAGAUGCACACACGUGCUGCUGAGUGUGUGGCCAGGGAGGAGGGUUCACGUGGCGCCGAGGGAUCCACCUGGGAGCGAGUGAGGUGGCUCAUGGUCUGUGGAGGGAGAGAAGUUUUUGAUGAGGAGGUGAUGAUAAGGUGCGCCUGCGAGCAGGCCUGACCUGGAUGGGAGUGACGGUGCCGUGCAGACCUCUGUGGCUCCUCUCCUCACUGGACUCACAUGAGCUUUCAGUCAGAUGCAGUCUCCACCCAUCCCUCCUGACGGUCCGUGAUGGACGACUGGAAGCAGGUGAUUUUCUCAUGGCUCUGACACGACAGAGGGGGGCGCUGGCCCCGAGUGUGACGGCAGCAUUCAAUCUGGCACGGCUGCAUGGUGCCGCUGUGGGAGUGAUCUGCAGGGAUGGUGGAGCUGCAUUCUCUGGACUGAAGAGACGUCCUGACCCUGGCUAGAUGGGACACUGAGCAUGUCUGCUAAGAGCGUGGGCGCGGUGCUUGUGGACUGGCGACGGUUCUUUGUUGGGACCAUGGAGGUGCACUGUAGUCCAACAGAACAUCUGGUCCCAUGCCGACCAUGUGACUCGCGCGGCCCGAGAAGCAAGGAGGCCGGGUGUCGUCCUCAUAUUUUCCAUGCAUCUUUGAAACGGCAGUGUGUGGGAGCUGCUCAGGUCUGACCCACAGCUUCAGUUGAUCUGGCUCAUGAGCUUCAGCACGCUGCCAUCAUCAUGCUGCUGUGUUGCUGCUGAACUGGGUGGGAGACUGAGGAGUCUGAUCCCCAUUGGCUGCUGAAGCACCAGGGCAGGAAGGUCAGGCCCAAACCAGUUUGCUGCCACAGAAUGAUCAUGGACGCCUGGAUCCUGUUCCCGCAGUUCAGAUGGUGCGUGUUAAAAACGCACAAAAACCUCUCCUCUGCAAGUGGCGGCGCGUGCCUCAGGUGAGAGGACACACCGCCGAGAAGUCACCCGCCCGGGCCACGCGUACCUCCGACGUGGCGCCCAGACUGAGACACGAUGAAGCUUCCCGCCGCCGCCGCCGCCGCACCUGCACCUCUCUCUGCACCUCUGCUUGUCAUGACUAUCCUGUUCUGUCUGUGUGCGUGUGUGUGUGUGCAGGUAACGUGUUCGUGGUGAGCUUGGCCUUUGCCGACCUCGUGGUGGCCUUCUACCCGUACCCCCUGGUUCUGUAUGCGCUCUUCCACGACGGAUGGGCUCUGGGAGACACGCAGUGCAUGGUCAGCGGCUUCCUGAUGGGCCUGAGCGUCAUCGGCUCCAUCUUCAACAUCACCGGGAUCGCCGUCAACAGAUACUGCUACAUCUGCCACUCCUUCUCCUACAGCCGGCUCUACAGCUACCGCAACACGCUGCUGUUUGUGGCCUUAAUCUGGCUGCUCACCCUCGUGGCCAUCGUUCCCAAUUUCUUUGUGGGCUCGCUGCGCUACGACCCGCGGGUCUACUCCUGUACCUUCGCCCAGAAUGUCAGCAGCUCCUACACCGUGGCCGUGGUGGUGGUUCACUUCCUGGUGCCCAUCGGCGUGGUGACCUUCUGCUACCUGCGGAUCUGGAUACUGGUGAUUCAGGUGAGACGCAAAGUCAAGACGGAGGAGAGUCCUCGCCUCCGCCCCAGUGACUUGCGCAACUUCAUCACCAUGUUUGUGGUCUUCGUGCUCUUCGCCAUCUGCUGGGCUCCUCUGAACCUGAUCGGCCUGGCGGUGGCCAUCGACCCGGCCCGGGUGGUGCCUCGCAUCCCGGAGUGGCUCUUUGUGGUCAGCUACUUCAUGGCCUACUUCAACAGCUGUCUGAACGCCAUCAUCUACGGCUUGCUCAACAGGAACUUCCGCAACGAGUACAAGCGCAUCGUCACCUCGGUGUGGGUGACGCGGCUCUUUGUGACGGAGACGUCGCGCGCCGCCACGGACGGCCGCAGCCUGCGGAGCAAACAGUCGCCGCAGCUUCCGCUCAACAACAACGAUUCGCUGCGAGAGCGGGCCAACAAGGACUGAGGGAGGGUGCAGCCAGGCGGUCCUGAUGCAGCCAGGCGGUCCUGGUGCAGCCAGGCGGUCCUGGUGCAGACAGGCAUGCGGGCCGAGCCAUGUUUACACCCAGAGGAACCGAGAUAACAGGUCCCACAUCUUUAGUAACUUCUCAUGCCUCAAAGAGACGUCCGUCACCUGUUCGGCGCUGGCCAAACGCACAACAAGCCUCAACUCGGCGAGAGGAAAAUCUUAGUAAUGAACACCAAUUCAGGAAGUGCAUCGGCUCAGAGCAAACCAAACCACGACGACAGCAGCAGCUGCUUUUUGCCUCAAAUGUAACGGCGCAUGUGGCGUGGGAGGCUGAGGAGCGGAGCCACCUCAGGUGUUUGCAUGUGUAAAGGUGUGAGUGGGCAGGCCCCUCCUUCCUUCCAGGGCCGUGAGCUUCAGCCUCCUGCACCCCGGAAGACUCGCCAGAGUCAGGCUGGAUGGACGGAUUGGUCCCAGGGCCUCCCCCAGUCACAGGAGGCUGGAGAUGCCUCAGUCCUCCGGAUGGGAGGAGCUGCAGAUCGAGUCAGAAGCCACUGGUGAGUCCAGAUGUCUUCAGCCUGACAGGCUUCAGGAGCCCAUUCUCCCCUCACUUGAAAGCCAAACCCCAGACCCCGUCUGACCAUUACUGAGAUAAAGAUUUCCAUGAGCAGGACUGAGUGGGAAUCAGAUGUUAACUGCCUGAGCAGCUCCUUCCUGGAAUGUGGGAGCUCGUUCCUUUGUUGAGACCAAAGUCCCAAGUCCAAACCAGAUGCAGCUGCUCCCACUCUGGACUGGCUGGGAAGUGUGGGGGGCCCACUUCAAAGGCAUCUUGAUACAUGCAAACACAUGUCCCGUCCUCAGCGCAGCGGCAGGAAGGUUCCACAGAACCGUGCGGCGGCGGCGCGGCGGCGGCAGCCUCCCACAGCCGCCACGGCGCCGUGGCUUCGUUCGCCAGUACUUAUGCAAGACUUGAUCACUUUGUGUUCUCGGUCAUUUAUUUGGUCUGCUGUAGCUCAUUGAUUUUCUGAGGUAAAGGAGAAGACAAAACAUGAUCUGACUGUGGGAGGAGCGCCGCUUGCUGUGAAUCGCUGGAGCACCUUCCUGGCCUGCUGUGUUGUGAGAAAUGUGGUGUCUUCAUCGUUGUCAUCUCAGGGUGCCUACAGAACUGUGUGCUUUUCUAAUGUGUUUGUGUGCGAUCUUCUCCGUUCCUACCGUGCCAUGUCCGGGAGCCUGAAGACACUGUGGAGGCAGGGACCUUUGGUAGAUGGUGGUUUCUAAGUGUGAUUCCUUGUUGUCGUGUUGCCGUGUUUUUUCUGAACAAGCCAAACCAUCGGCUCAUUCGAGCAGUGUCUCUCUCGCUCCACCUGUUGCAUCGGCGUGUACAUUGCCUCAGACACGGCUUCCAACCUCAUCACCGGCUUCUGUGCUUCGUGAGGUUCAGCGCUUUAAAACGUGAGCUGGUCUGCAGGGGCGUGGUCUGGGAUGGAGGUGAGCGCAGGUGGUAGCUCCUCCCACGAUGGCUGCAGGAGCUGCUCUCAACGCUGACGUCCCUCCAGUGUGGCAGCAUGAGAGCAAUGUUGCGGCACAUGUGAGUCCAACACCUUGAUUCUGAGGCCAACAAAACCAUGUUCUGAUUUCUUCUGAACACACAACAGUGGGCUAGCAUCCAGGCUAACGUUAGCAUCCUCACACCUCUGACACUGAUCUAUCACCACAACAUAGGCUCCGCCCAUAUGCAGGAAACAACACACAGCACAGCAGCCAAUGACACGCCGUCUUUACGCAUGACGUCAUCAAGUGUCUCCAAAUUCUGAGGGACGUCAGUCACUUCACUUGGUCGUCGGAGGGAGCUUCACAGUGGAGCUUCACAGUGGAGGGAGCUUCAUAGUGGAGGGAGCUUCAUAGUGGAGCUUCAUAGUGGAGGGAGCUUCACAGUGGAGGGAGCUUCAUAGUGGAGGGAGCAUCACAGUGGAGGGAGCUUCACAGUGGAGCUUCAUAGUGGAGGGAGCUUCACAGUGGAGCUUCAUAGUGGAGGGAGCUUCACAGUGGAGGGAGCUUCAUAGUGGAGGGAGCUUCACAGUGGAGCUUCAUAGUGGAGGGAGCUUCACAGUGGAGGGAGCUUCACAGUGGAGGGAGCUUCACAGUGGAGCUUCAUAGUGGAGGGAGCUUCACAGUGGAGGGAGCUUCACAGUGGAGCUUCAUAGUGGAGGGAGCUUCACAGUGGAGGGAGCUUCAUAGUGGAGGGAACUUCAUAGUGGAGGGAGCUUCACAGUGGAUGGAGCUUCAUAGUGGAGGGAGCUUCACAGUGGAGGGAGCUUCACAGUGGAGCUUCAUAGUGGAGGGAACUUCACAGUGGAGGGAGCUUCACAGUGGAGCUUCACAGUGGAGGGAGCUUCACAGUGGAGCUUCAUAGUGGAGGGAGCUUCACAGUGGAGGGAGCUUCAUAGUGGAGGGAACUUCAUAGUGGAGGGAGCUUCACAGUGGAGGGAGCUUCACAGUGGAGCUUCAUAGUGGAGGGAGCUUCACAGUGGAGGGAGCUUCAUAGUGGAGGGAACUUCAUAGUGGAGGGAGCUUCACAGUGGAUGGAGCUUCAUAGUGGAGGGAGCUUCACAGUGGAGGGAGCUUCACAGUGGAGCUUCAUAGUGGAGGGAACUUCACAGUGGAGGGAGCUUCACAGUGGAGCUUCAUAGUGGAGGGAGCUUCACAGUGGAGGGAGCUUCAUAGUGGAGGGAACUUCAUAGUGGAGGGAGCUUCACAGUGGAGCUUCAUAGUGGAGGGAACUUCACAGUGGAGGGAGCUUCACAGUGGAGCUUCAUAGUGGAGGGAGCUUCACAGUGGAGGGAGCUUCACAGUGGAGGGAGCUUCAUAGUGGAGGGAGCUUCACAGUGGAGAGAGCUUCAUAGUGGAGGGAGCUUCACAGUGGAGGGAGCUUCAUAGUGGAGGGAGCUUCACAGUGGCUGCUGGGUUCAGAGACUGGAGAGGAAUGCUGUGUGUGGGCCAGGCUGAAGGAACGAAAGUCGUCGCAUGUGAACUGUCCUUCAGCUCCACAGCUUGGAUGACUGGAGAAGGCAGAUGAGUAAAGGCUGGACUCUGGAGUCCCAGUUCUGUCUCAGACCUUGGGCUGCUGCACCUGGGAACCCGACUGAAGACAGGAGGCAGGGCGAGUGUCAGCUGCUGCAGGCGCAGAAACCAACUUCAUUCUCAAGCAGAGGUGGGCAAUUCAAUUUGUUAGGGCUGUGAGGGGCCCUCAGCUACAGAGAGACAGCCAUGAGGACCAAACAUGACGGAAAAAUACCCCACAUAUACACUAAUGAACCUGGCAAGAUGGAAUGUCACUCAGGAUAUGAAGAAGUGUGGAUACACCAUGAACCCUAUUGAAAUAUUUCAUAUUUUCAUUUGAACCUACGUCAACUAUGGACGAGACCUUCAAGAUAUCAAGGCAAUUUAUUUCAGAAGGUAUUUUCAGUACUCCUUCAAAGUAUUUUGAGGAACAAGAAAAACAGAAAAAUGGCCAAAGAAAAGAAGAAAAUCUUAGUCUUCAAACAGGAACAUGCUGUAUUUACUGCUGAAGUGGCGGUGGUGACUAAAAGAGGAAGAACAGAAAAGGCAGAAAAAUAAGGACAUAUUAGUUAUAGUUUUAGUCUGGCAUCAAAAAGGCCACGAAAAUCCAGGCAUCGGGCCUCAUAUGGCCCCUGGGCCGCACUUUGCCCAGGUCCGUUCUAAACCAAAGAGGUGCUGGGAUGUGGGUGGAGGUGCUGCUCACGCUCAUCACAACCCUGGCGCCGGACUCUUGGUCUCACUCCGCCUCACGCUGCCACCAUGGCGUCCACACAGACACGGGCGACUUUCCUAAAUCGCUCUGCAAACCCGGCUGCUGAGCUGCAUGUGUGGAGAGCAGACGUCUAAAGAGAAGAGGAGCGAAGCCAAAUAUUGUCCUUUUCUCCUUGGUGUUUUCCUUCCUCCAUCCCCUGCGGCGCCCUUACCUAACGUCCCGCUCCUCCCCGGAGCCCGGGCCGGCGCCAGCAGCAUCACCCCACCAUGCUCCAGUGUCUGUUGCAGCAAGUGCAUAUUGCUGGUGUAAAUAUUGAACUGCCUUCAAAAUAAACGCAAGAUGAGCUCAC